CCGGUCCCGUGUAUCACCGUCGUGAUCCGCGCGCGCAACGUGAACACAGCAGGACGACAGUUCGCUGUACACCCGCAGAGUGCAUGUGCGUGCGUACAACGAGUGUUUCGAGCGUGUGCAUCGCGAUUUAUACCGCCGCCGCUCAUCGUGGUAAUAACAUUACGUAUAUACCUAACACGCGUACGCGUACGUCCAACUACUCUAUACAUCAUUAAAAAUACGUAUACACCAACUACUUAUAACCAUACCGCGGCCACCCCGUGCGCGUGGGGAAUGUACGGCUGGCGCUCGGCCAACUGCGCGUAAAAAUACGUAAAAUACAAUUGAUACAAUAUAAUAAUAAUACGGGACAGCGCAGUAUAUAAGAACAAUACAUCGGACAUAAUAUUAUUGUUAUCGGUUAAAUGGCCUGCGCUUUUCGUACGUCUUCUCGCUGAACUAUAUUCGCGUAACCUUCGUCACACACUCGCGCGCGCUAUAAUAUUAUAUAUACCACCUACGUACCUACGUCGAACGGUGCGAACGAGAGGGACGAAUAGAAAUCGCAUCGCCAUGGUGUGCCGCCGCAGAAACGUCGACGAAGCCGUCGCGGCGUGCGCCCUCGUCGUCGUCGUCGUCGCGUCUUUGGCGAUCGUCUCGCGGGCGCCCGUCGCCGCCUCCAUCGCCGCAGAUCAGUCGGACCCGGCCGACCCGUGCUACGACGGCGAACGGGCCCGCCGGUGCGUGCCCGACUUCGUCAACGCCGCGUACGGUGGUCACGUGGAGGCGACCAGCACGUGCGGCGUGAACGGCCCCGAACGGUACUGCGAGCUGGGCCCCACGUCCCAGGGCGUAUGCCACACGUGCGACGACUCGCAGCCCAAGCGCCGUCACCCGGCCUCCCAUCUGACCGACCCGAACAACCCGUACAACGCCACGUGCUGGCGGUCCGAGAUGCUGUCCGCGCAACCGGUGGACCCGGCGUCCGCGCUGCCGCCGCCCGACAACGUGACGCUCACGCUGUCGCUGGGCAAGAAGUAUGAGCUCACAUACAUCAACCUGCAGUUCUGCCCAAAGGCCGCCAAACCGGACUCGAUAGCCGUGUACAAGAGCAUGGACUACGGCAAGACGUGGCAACCGUUUCAGUUCUACUCGGGACAGUGCCGCAAGGUGUACGGCCGUCCCAACCGGGUCGUCAUCACCAAGGCCAACGAGCAGGAAGCCCUCUGCACGGACUCGCACCGGUUCAACGGGGCCGGGUCGUCGGCGUCCCGGGUAGCGUUCAGCACGCUCGAGGGUCGGCCCAGCGCCAUAGACUUCGACAACAGCCCCGUGCUUCAAGACUGGGUGACGGCCACAGACGUGAAGAUAAUAUUCAACCGGUUGCACUUCCCGUCCGCGCCUCCGGACUCGGCCGCCGGCAGCACCACCACCAGCACUACCACCAGCACGGCCGCCGCCGCCAGCCUCGCCGCCGCCGAGAUGGACUCGAAAUUGGAUUCGGACGAACCGCUCAAAGGCAACAAGACGGGCUCCGAUUUACUGAUGUUGAACCCGGACCAGGAGUUGCAGGGACACGAACCCGAGAAGACCACAGUUGUGCCGGUUACGACCGCGGCGUCGUCCGCCGGCCGCACGUACCAUUAUGCGGUGUCUGACUUGUCCGUGGGCGGCCGGUGCAAGUGCAACGGACACGCGUCCAAGUGCAUACCGUCGGGUCCUGGGGGUACGCUGGUAUGCGACUGUAAACACAACACUGCUGGACGAGACUGCGAACGGUGCAAGCCAUUCCAUUUCGACAGGCCCUGGGCCAGAGCUACUGUUCGCGAUCCCAACGAAUGUAAACCUUGUAACUGUAACGAACAUGCAAAACGAUGUCGAUUCGACAUGGAGCUGUACAAAUUGUCGGGCCGGGUGAGCGGUGGCGUGUGCCUCAAGUGUAGACACUUCACGGCUGGCAGAUACUGUCAUUAUUGCAAGGAGGGAUACUACAGGGAUCCUACUAAACCCAUAACACAUCGAAAGGCUUGUAAAGCAUGCAACUGUCAUCCAGUUGGUGCAUCCGGUAAAACAUGCAAUCAUACUACUGGCCAAUGUCCAUGCAAAGACGGCGUGACUGGAAUAACAUGCGACAGAUGCGCUAAAGGAUACCAACAAAGUAGAUCGCAGAUCGCGCCAUGCAUAAAAUUACCAUCAAAGAUUUUCGUGAACCAAAUGUCGUCGGAUGCUCGGGCAGCUGGAAAUGAAGAAGGUGAUGAAGGAGAUUACGAUGAAGAUGACGAGGAUAGCCACCACGAUCAAUGCGGCAAGUGUCGAUCCGGAACCAGGAGAUUAAAUUUGAACAAGUACUGCCAUAGAGAUUACGCGAUAUUGGGCAAAAUGUCGGAACCGAUAGUGUCUAAAAACUGGGCCAAGUUUACGAUGAACGUACAGUCGGUGUACAAGCGCGGCCAGGCAUCGAGACUUCGCAGAGGACCGACCACGUUCUGGAUACACGACAACGACCUGAAGUGCAAGUGUCCCAAGAUCAAACCCGGAAGGCUUUACCUGAUUCUCGGCAAGGAGAACGACGGCGAACGGCGCGAUGGACUGGUGUUGACGCAGAGAUCGAUAGUGAUCGAGUGGCGAGAAGAGUGGCACAACCGCAUGCGGCGGUUCCAGAAGCGAGCUCAACACUGCGAUUAAAAGAAAACAUAAAAAAAAAAGGAAAAAGUCACUAAAAAUUACAAUAUAUACCCUCAGAGUGAAAUCACCUUCACGAUAUAUGUAUACAUAUAUAUCACAUAUACCAUAACUAUACCAUCGUCCCUCCACUGUCUCAACCACCGCCAUUGCGCCAACUUUUUUGUUCCCUCUGGGCUUCUAUAAUAAUAAUAUAUACGAUACGAGUCUCCCCUUAUUAUAUGAUUCUUUUCGUCCUUAUUUUAAUACUAGAUAGGUAGGUACGUAGAUAGGAUACUCUUCGUCAGUAAUAUAUUAUUAUUAUUAUUAUUAUUAUGUAUACAGCCGAUUAUUUAUUAUGUCUAUGUAGACGUUAAUCGUUUUAAUUCGUCGACGUGUGGUGUAAUGUUAGGUGUGUGCGUGUAUAUCGUUUGAGUAUUAUAUAGAAAGAACGCCACGGCGUAACCGGUAGACACAUAUUAUACUAUGACCACUUAUCUAUCACCCAUUCACAAUAUUAUGUUAAACAUUAAAUUUAUUCACAAUAUUACCAAUAUAUUAAUAUCAUGUACCUACGUGUUUCUUAUAACUCUUAAGUCAUUAGGUUAGCGUCGAGUGCGUUUUUCGUUUAUUCGUUUAAAUACAAUAACAAUUAUAAUUGGACAUUUUUAUUAUAUACCUUUAUAUAUUAGAAAUGUUUAUAGAAU